CGAAAAUGGUCUUGUCUCAGGAACAGGAUUGGGAGCACAGAGCACAGUGGCGCUCGUUUCCUGCCUCUUGCCCUGACGAGCUGCAGCUCUGAGGCCCCCUCCGCCCUGGCUUCAGGAUCUUCCCUCCGUGAAGAAGAGAGCAGGUCAGCACAAGUGAGGCCGGCUCCAUGUACCCAGAAUCGACCACGGGCUCCCCGGCGCGGCUCUCUCUGCGGCAGACGGGCUCCCCCGGCAUGAUCUACAGUACUCGGUAUGGGAGCCCCAAAAGACAGCUCCAGUUUUACAGGAACCUGGGCAAGUCGGGCCUGCGGGUCUCCUGCCUGGGGCUCGGAACAUGGGUGACCUUCGGAGGCCAGAUCACCGAUGAGAUGGCGGAGCAGCUAAUGACCUUGGCCUACGACAAUGGCAUCAACCUCUUCGAUACUGCAGAGGUCUACGCGGCGGGCAAGGCCGAGGUGGUACUAGGAAACAUCAUCAAGAAGAAAGGAUGGAGACGGUCCAGCCUGGUCAUCACCACCAAGAUCUUCUGGGGAGGAAAAGCGGAGACCGAGAGGGGCCUUUCGAGGAAGCACAUAAUAGAAGGUCUGAAAGCCUCCCUGGAGCGGCUGCAGUUGGAAUACGUGGACGUGGUGUUUGCCAACCGCCCGGACCCCAACACGCCCAUGGAAGAGACUGUGCGCGCCAUGACCCACGUCAUUAACCAGGGGAUGGCCAUGUACUGGGGCACGUCACGCUGGAGCUCCAUGGAAAUCAUGGAGGCCUACUCGGUGGCCCGGCAGUUCAACCUGAUCCCGCCCAUCUGCGAACAGGCCGAGUACCACAUGUUCCAGCGCGAGAAGGUGGAGGUCCAGCUGCCCGAGCUCUUCCACAAGAUAGGAGUGGGCGCUAUGACCUGGUCCCCUCUGGCCUGCGGCAUCGUUUCCGGAAAGUACGACAGUGGCAUCCCGCCCUACUCGAGAGCCUCCUUAAAGGGCUACCAGUGGCUGAAGGACAAGAUCCUGAAUGAGGAGGGCCGGCGCCAGCAGGCCAAGCUGAAGGAGCUGCAGGCCAUAGCCGAGCGCCUGGGCUGCACCCUCCCCCAGCUGGCCAUAGCCUGGUGCCUGAGGAACGAGGGAGUCAGCUCCGUGCUCUUGGGUGCUUCUAGCGCAGACCAGCUCAUGGAGAACAUCGGAGCGAUACAGGUGCUUCCGAAACUGUCGUCUUCCAUUAUCCAUGAGAUUGAUAGUAUUUUGGGCAAUAAACCCUACAGCAAAAAGGACUACAGAUCCUAAGAAGCCCACCCCCACCCCCCACCCCGGCCGCUUGCCUGGACAGUUUCCGUUUCCCUCCCAGUCUCUCUGUUCGCUCGCUUAAGCUGUUUCGAAGCCAAGUCAGGGGUGUGGUUUGCAUCAAAAAGAAAACAUCACACAUGGCCCGAGAUGUCAGCCCCGAGAUGUCAUCAGGAAAAGAUCUCAAAAGUCGCUGCAAGACACCAUUCGAUGCUUCGCGGGACCGAGUUCUGAUCCGCGCUGGGGAGACCACGCUGAUCGGGAAGGGUGUUGGCACGGCCCCGCCCAAGCUCGCCUUCAGCCUCCGCUUUCCCUCCAGGAAGAAACCACCACCUUGUCUCCCAGUCUCGGCCCUUCCCAGAGACGCCUGGAGGCCAGGCCGAGCUCCAGUCGGGUGCGGGGGGCAGCAGGGCCGGCCUCUCCUCAGCCGAGCACCCCCACCUGGUGUCGGGGGUGGGAAAGAGGAAACCAGGUCUGGCCCCUCCCGGGGCCCCUCUGCCAGGACACUGAACACUGGGCAGAGCCCCCAGGUGGGGGUCUCCCUCAACCUCCCUCCUUGCCAAGGGCUCCCAGGACUUUACGACGGGCCCGACCUCAGAUCCAUUCUGCCCCCGCUUCUCCACCACCCCCUGCCCCUGCAGGUCUCUAAGGGGCCUUCCAAGCUAUCCCUUGACCCUCACCCCCACCCUUGCCAGCAGGGACCGAACUCCAGGGGGAUUCCUCAUCAGUUUGGGGCUCGCAGGAGGUUGGGGGUUCUGACCAAGCUCAUCGCCCUGGCAGCUGCCUCCCUGCACACAGUUGAGAUCCCCGUGCCCAGAGCAGCCCUGAGCGGGGAGGGGCCUGAGGGGAAGGCUCCAGCCCAGGCCUCUCAGGGCCCCACCUGCCCUCCUUGCCCCAGAAAGCCCUGAGGUCAUGCGUACUUAGCUAGACUGUGGCCACAGACCACACGCGGGGCGGCCCACCUGCCCCAUCUGGGCCAUGGCCUCGGGGUCUGCAGAGAGAACACACUCAGGCCCCUGGGUGCCCUGCGUGCCCUGCGUGCCUGGGGUGCUGGGGAGGCUGAACAUCCAGCAGAAGCCCCGCAGUCUAGGAAAAGGCCCCAGGAGCCUCUCCCUGCCGCAGUGCCUUCAAGGCCUCAGAGCAGGUUGGGGUGAGGUACCCCACAUUAGGGUGCUCAGUCUGAGUGCCCAGAGCUUGUCUCCUGGGCAGACGGGCAGCAGAACCACCACACGCACCCUGUGCAGAGGUCAGGACGGCUGGAGCUAGUCAUUCCUGUCGGUGCAUCCACACCCCCGCCCCCAGCCUGGAGCAGACAUCUGUCACCCUCAGGCGGGCAAGAUGGAGGAGGGGAGGGCCUGCAGCCAGGGGUCCUAAGCUGCCGGCCUCUGCUGGCUGUUAGGAGGCUAGAGCCCACCCUGUAGGGGCCUCGGUGCGUCCGGUCCCGGCGGGUGCAGCUGGCCCUACGCGGACACCCCACCUACAGCCACACCCUCCCUGCGGCCGGUCACUGGUCCUGCUUUACCCUGCUGGGCCAAGGCCUGAGAAAGCCAUAAACUUCCUGACCUUUGUGCCCACCCUGGAGUCUAGAACUUUCCCCACCUCCUCCGGCUCCCUGCCCAGGCCCCGGGGGGGAGUGGGGAGGGGUCAUCACCAAAUCUACAAGCUGCACACUGUGGGGGUGGGGCGAGGGGAGCCUGUCCUGGCGGGGGACUCCCCCUGCCUGUGGCCACUGCACACCACACAGGGUGGGUGUCUAGCUCCCAGGACAGGCAGGGACCAGGCGCUCUGGGCCAGGCAGCCCCAGCCAUGCUGAGGGAGCAGACUGCCCACCCCUCACUGGGGAGAGCUGCUGGCCCCUCCUUCACAUUGCUGCCCCCACAUGGGGAGCCACACCUGGGAAGGCAGUGCCCUCUUGGCCACAUGUUUGCCAAACAGGGAGCCGAGGGCCCCCAGAGUUGAGCUGGGCCCAGGCUGAAAUGCCCACGGCAAGGACCCAGGCACAUUCGCAGUCCUGGGAACCUGUCCACAGCCUGGUUCUGAGCUGUUCUAUUUCUCCCACACCCACUUGCAGGGAGGACCUGGCUCUGCUUCCUGGGGGAGGGCUCCUGACUUAGAGGGGGUCUGGUGUGGGGGAGGGGCAGGUGGGCCCCUCCCCCCACCCCGGGUGCCCAGUCUGGAAACUAGCUGGGCAGAGUUGGGGCCUGGAGGAGUGGCCUGGGCCCUGGCGCAGGUUUACACUGGCCACCUGGUCGAGGGAUGCCUCCCAGCCUCUGGCCCUCGCCUUGAGGCAGGUUGCCCAAGGGGACCCCUCGGGGAAUGCCCGGCACAGGAGGCAGGUCCGCUCUGGGAGCAGGGCUGGGAUCCUCUCCUCUGCUGACACACGGAGCCCCCCGCCCCCCAUAUCCCAUCCCAGAUCCAGUGCAAAUCCGAGGUCCGUAGGAAUGACAGAGGGGCUUGCUCCGUCUUCUGUCAUGUAAAUAAUGUGCUUUUCUUCUCUCCCCCUUUUUUUAAUGACUGUGGCUCCUCAGCUAACUGCACUCCCUACGCAGGCAGACAUUGCCUGAUGCCUCGCGCUUCCAGACGACACUCAGCGAGACACAGCCACCGUAUUUAUGGAAUGACAAAUAAAACCCCAGCCUGUCGGGGUCUGCGGC